GGCAGCCGGGCGAUGGCGAGGAGCCGGGCGGCUUACGAGUACACGGAGGCGGAGGACAAGAGCAUGCGGCUGGGUUUCCUCCUCAUCGCCGCCGGCUUGCUUUCCCUCUUGGGUUUGGGUUGUUGCUGGCUUCGACCGGCGCUGCAGGAGCGGGGCGGCGGCGGCUCCGCCAACUGCACGGUGCUGGCGGUGCGGCAGCUGGGGGAGCGCUUCGCCUGCACCUUCUCCUGCGGGGCCGCCUGCCGCGGCACCGCCCGCUACCCCUGCCUCCAGGUCCUGGUCCGCACCUCCCGCUCCUCCGCACCCGCCCUGCUCCACGAGGACGAGCGGCAGCUCCGCACCAACCCCAAGUGUUCAUACAUCCCUCCCUGUGCAAGAGAUGAUCAGGAGAACUCUGAGAACGUCACGUACAAGCAGAAAUACUGGAAAGAGAAAGUGGGUUCUCAACCAUUUACAUGCUAUUUUAACCAGCACUUGAGGCCAGAUGAUGUGAUGCUGAAGCGCACCCAUGAUGAGACUGUCCUCUUGCACUGCUUCCUCUGGCCUGUGGUGACAUUCCUGGUUGGAGUCCUCAUCGUGGUCCUGACCAUCUGUGCCAAGAGCUUGGCUGUCAAGGCAGAGGCAAUACAAAAGAAGAAGCAUUUGUGAGUGGCAAGGCUGCUGACGGAAAAGAAAAAUCUGCAAGAAGGUCUCAAGUGGGAAAACUUGACACACCUGCAGGUCUACAGGGCACCCUUCAUCUCCUACCAGGGUCUGAUCUGAUGAUGGAGUUGCUCUUGCCUCAGGAUUGUUCUUAGAAGACUGCCCCAUGAAAUGCCAGCUAACUGCUUCUUCUGCUAUGACAGUAAAUAAGUAUAUUCUACCAAAAAAAAAAUAAUCUACACUGCACCAAAUAUGCUGUGUGCUGUUAGUGCUGAACUGCAGCUACCUAAGUCCUAGUGGAAUUGAGACAGUUUAUAAAACUCCCUGAUGAUACUCAUUUCAUCUCUACAAAGCAAUCUUUGCUAAUGUUUAAUACUAAGUAUUUAAAAUAUUUACUUUAGAUAGACCUUAUUUUCAAAAUAAUAAAAUUUGAUUGUUUUGGGCUUUUUAACCUUUGGAUUUUUUUUUUAUUUAAAAGGAAAAGCUUUAAGACAAACAUAACACUGUGCUGAUUUGUUGUUUUUUUUUUCCCACUGUGUAGAACUUAAUUUUAAAAUUCAAACUUUAACUUCUGUCUAGACUAAGUCUUUCAUCAUCACCUGUUCAUUUUGAUGAAAUGUAGAAAUCUCUCAAAAGUACUUCUCAAAAAAAUGAAACUAUUAUUGGAAAGAUGAUUAAAUGCUGGAUCUAAUUUUAUUGCCUCAGUGGUAUUCAGUCCCUACAGUUAUUCUUGUCCUCUC